UACGAGGCGCUCCUACUUGGGCUGCAACUCCUGGCCGGCCUUCCUGCUGCACGGCGCGCGGGCGGAGGCACGGCUUGGCGGGAAGGCGAGAAGAGCGUGCGGAGCCUCCGGUGCUGGCGGCGACAACGAGUGGGAGCCCGGGUCCGGCCGCAGCACGCGGAACUGAGCUGAAGGUGGCGGGGCCCGGCGGAGCCGCGAUGAAGCCGAGCAGCGAGGAGGAGGAGGAGGCGGUCCGGGGCGUGGGCCCCUGGGACGAGUGCUUCGAAGUGGCGGUGCAGUUGGCGCUGCGAGCGGGACAGAUCAUCAGAAAAGCCCUCACUGAGGAAAAGCAGGUCUCGACAAAAACUUCCGCGGCAGAUCUCGUGACAGAGACAGAUCACCGUGUAGAAGACUUAAUAGUUUCUGAGUUGCGAAAGCGGUUUCCUUCACACAGGUUCAUUGCAGAAGAGGCCACAGCCUCAGGGGCCAAGUGUGUGCUCACCCACAGCCCAACCUGGAUCAUCGACCCCAUCGACGGCACCUGCAACUUUGUCCACAGAUUCCCUACCGUGGCAGUCAGCAUCGGAUUUGCUGUUCACCAGGAGCUGGAAUUCGGAGUGAUUCACCACUGCACGGAGGAACGGCUGUACACCGGCAGGCGGGGCCAGGGCGCCUUUUGCAAUGGCCAGCGGCUCCAGGUCUCCAGGGAGACAGAUCUCGCAAAGGCCUUGGUUCUGACAGAAAUUGGACCCAAACGUGACCCCGAUACUCUGAAAGUUUUCCUGAGCAACAUGGAGCGGCUGCUGCACGCCAAGGCACAUGGGGUCCGAGUGAUUGGAAGCUCCACCUUGGCACUCUGUUACCUGGCCUCAGGCGCCGCCGAUGCCUAUUACCAGUUUGGCCUUCACUGCUGGGACCUGGCAGCUGCCACAGUCAUCAUUAGAGAAGCCGGCGGCAUUGUGAUAGACACCUCAGGUGGACCCCUUGACCUCAUGUCUUGUAGAGUCGUGGCUGCUGGCACCAGAGAGAUGGCCGCGCUCAUCGCCCAGGCCUUACAAACGAUUAACUACGGACGGGAUGAUGAGAAGUGAGGCACACGCAGAAUGAGGCACAGAGGCUGACAACAUCCAGCAGCUCCCUGGGAAAGAGCUGUCCCCGUGGCAAGGGCUCCAUGACAAAAGUCUACCGUAGCUCUUGCUGGGACUCGGUGCUUUAGCUGGUUUCUCUCUAAUCUAAUAUAGCCUUUUUCAGGCCGGUACAUGUUCUUUCAUCAGAGCCAAACCCAAAUCUCUUGUGAGGUGUGUAUUAGUCAUUCAGUCUUGAUUGUUUUUCCAGAAUGUAAAUCUCAGGUAAUAAAGCUUUAGAACUUGCUCUCAGGCCCUCCCCGCGCCCAUGGUAAUACAGAAUGCAAUAAAUCAGAAUUAUACUUCCAAAGUUGGUUCCCCUCCAGCCUCUGGUUCUCAGGCUGCCUGAACCCCCACGCUGUGCAGACAAGUCUGUUACUGACGUCACCCCACAGGUCAGUGCUGUGGCUCAGCUUGUAUGUCUGGUGCCCCAACCAUGGCAACAAUGAAAACAUUUCCCCUAAGUAUCAGUCUCCUGAUCUACAGGCUCUAUUUAAUUGUGCAUAUAAAUCACCUUCCAUUUUUUUAUACUGCCUUUAGUGGACCUUCGGAGAGUAAGUAUACUGUAUAAAUUAAAAUGAUGUAUACAGAACCUUUAUUAAAGCCUGACUGUAUCGAAAAGGGAAAAUGAGAAACUGAAAAACAAUAGUAAAAUAUUUUGUGACAAACAUUCUUUUAAA